CACCUGAAGCAGGAAGUGAGCAGACCGGACGGAUCGUGUUUGGAUCGCCAACAGCACACGGUGAGGGAUCAUUAUCGGGUUGAUUAUUAUUGAAAGAGCCAUCACAAAAAAAGGAGAUGCUUAUGAGAUAGAUUUUUAUGUUUUUGUGGGUUGAAGUUGUUUGAGUCGCUUCCUGAGCAGCAGCAGCAGCAGCAGGUGAGAUUCAGGGACCUGGGAGGUGUUCAGGUGUUUCUCAUCAUUAUUAUUCUCUACAGGAGCAUCAAGGCUGGCUGGUUUAAGUGUUUUACCACCACAAUACUGACUGAAAUCGAUAUUUGAACUUUAAUUUAGAACAUACUUAUCUCCAGGUAACAAAUUCUACGUGUUUAUGCACUUAAAUCAGAAAUAUACAGAGGUUAAAAGACGUCUAAAAUGUUAUUAAGUAAAAGUACGGUCACUUUAAACUUUAUUUAAGUCAAAGAAAAGCUGCCAGACUGUGAACCUACUUAAGAAGAAGUAAAAUGAUGUAUUUGUAAUGUGUAAAAGUACUGAGUACUUAAGAUAUUGUAACCAUGGAGAUGGGGGUAUGGGUCAAAAGGCCCCUUAAAAUGUUUAAAAUCACGUUUCCUCAAUCUAAUAGUUGUACUAUAAAUAUCAGCUUUAUUUUUACUUUACAGUUACUCAGGGUGACAUUAUUGAAUAUUUAAGGUGGUUUUUUUUUUUUUUUUUUAUCAGUGUUGCACUUUUCAGACGGUCCCUGAGCUCUAAAGUCUUUAUGGUUGUGCAGAGAGGAGCCAAAAAUUAGGACUUGAUAUGUUUUUAACAUAUUUUCUUAUCAGUAUAAGUGCAAUAUUGUCCACAGAAAUACAUUAACACUACUCAAAAGAAGUAAAAAUACACAAAAGUAAUGUGAGUAAAGGUAAUCACUUCUCCACCGCUGGUCCAGUUUUAUCUUUAUUUAAAAGAUAACUAUGAAAAAGUGAGAAAAACUUUAACGUUAUAAACUGCAGGACGUCUCAGAGAUCAGGGUUAUAGAUUUUUGGGACACUCUCGGGUGUUUACAGUUCUCUCUCUGUGCAUGAGCACUAACCGUUUACUCGUCCUGUUUUGCAGGUUUAUCUCGUCUAAAUGUGAGCUGAAGCUGUGACUCCUCAGCAUGACACGCCGCCUGUCACACCUUCUCCUCGCCGUCCUGCUGCUGGGUGUCUGCGCAGCUCACAGAGUCCAGAAUGAGACCGAGACGGGGGAGGCGAAAAUGACCAUCGACCAACCCAGCAGGAGCAUCGUGGCUAAGGAGGGAUCCAGCAUGGUGAUAGAGUGUAACGUGACGGGAGAGCACGCCGACAUCAAAUGGUUCAACUCUCAAGGACUUCUGCAGGGAGAGGACUCAGGUGAAGGGGGAGGAGGCGGCAUGUUUGUUCAUGUGUACUGUCCAUUAUGAGGGUGCAGCGAGAGAAAUUAAGCCAUCCAUACUUUAAUUCAAAACUUGAAACUCACAUUUAUUCUAGUUUCAUAAAGUGAAAUAAUUUAAGACUUUUGAAUGUUUGAGUUUUUUUUAUUACAGUUUACAGCUUGUAAAAUCAAAAUCCCCUUAAACAUGAUAAUAUUGUGAAAAACUCUAGUUUCUUUUCAGAUCUUUCAGACCUGAAAAAAAAGCCGAUAAACUCUGAACACCUGCACAGGUUAAAGGGAUAUUCUGCUGUAAACCUUAUUUAGGGUCAAACCCACCAUAGCACUGAGUUAGACCCCCCCUCUUAGACCUACUCUCUUCCAGCAGUCCAUUAGGGACUACAGCGGGGUGCCGCAGCUCAAGGAAGAACAUUUAUGAUCAUUUCUUCAUGGAAAUACAAUCCGACUGAGACGCUAAGACAGAAGAACUACAGCGUCUGUAAAAUGAUUAAUAUGAUGAUUAUUACUUCAAGGAAAUGAUAAAGAAAUAAUCAUAAAUGUUCUUCCUUGAGCUGCGGCACCCCACUGUAGUCUGUAAUGGACUGGCCUGAGGUCUCGCUACAAACAAGCGUCUGCUGGAAGAGAGUAGGUGAGUUGUGUUUAGUCUCUUUGCUAAAGAAAUGAGUCAAAGUUAAAAAGAUGUUUGGUGUCUAGUACUAUGUCUGUGACCCUAUAUGUCCUGUUGAUGAAGUUAGGUGCUGUUCUGAGCAUUAUUUGUGACUAUAGAGUGGCGUUUUGGUUGGGGGUGUGGCUCUCUGUAUUUCUAUCCUGCGGUCGUUACUAAAGUUGGUAUAACUAGAGAAGGAAGCGGUCGGCAACAUUCAUCUCUCUUUGUUCUCUGACUCUAGUUCAGGACACUCAUCCACCUGUCUGCUCCUAACAUAAAUGUGUGAUCGUCUUUUCCAAACUCCGUCAUUGUCGUGUUGUUUUAUGUAUCUUGACUGUAGGGGGGAAGUGGCAGAUCCAGGGAGAUGGCGCCCUGAACAUCACUGUGGUCUCCUUCAAGGACCGUGGUCGCUACACCUGCAGCGCCGCAGGAGGAACUAAAAACUACACCGUCACCCUGCGCGUGGCUCACAAUGAGAGCGGCCUCGGCCUGUACUUCGUCUGCGUCUGCCUCGUGGCCUUCACCAUCACCAUGAUCCUCAACGUGGCGAGACUCUGCAUGGUCAGCAGCCACCUGAAGAAGACCGAGAGAGCCAUCAACGAGUUCUUCCGCACGGAGGGAGCAGAGAAGCUGCAGAAGGCGUUCGAGGUCGCCAAGCGUAUUCCCAUCAUCACCUCUGCGAAGACAGUGGAGCUGGCGAAGGUCACGCAGUUCAAGACCAUGGAGUUCGCCCGACACAUGGAGGAGUUCGCACGGAGCGUUCCUCUGCCGCCGCUGAUUCUGAACUGCCGCACGUUUGCAGAGGACGGCGUGGAGGCGGAGAACCCGUCGGCGGAGCAGGUCAGAAACAGACAAGCUUUAGGCCCGCCCUCCUCCGCCAGAGCAGCAGAGGGAGAGGAGGAUGAGGAGGUGUGUCAGGCGCUGCUGUCAAACGAAGGGAAAGAGAACAUGGAAGGUGGCGUGGACGUCAAGGUGUCUGUACACACGGUUUCUGAGAAGGCGGAGAAUUAGAAAGCUGAGAUUUACCUCCAUGAUAAACCUGAUCCAGAGUUUUUGUGUGUUUACACUCGAUCUGAGUCACAGUUACAGUUUAGAAAGUUUGGGCAAAGUCACCCGCCAGUUUGACUCCAAGUUUUUCAGUUUUAAGCAUCAUAGAGCCUCAUGAACGUCUAACAGUCAGUACAACAUCGAACCUGAAAAACCAGUAUCAGUCUUUUCCUGAACAUCUACAACAACUCUCAGUCUUUAGUGAAGGUUUUAGCGCUGAUAUCAUCCCACUUCCUCGUCAAAUCCAAAAUCUAAAAACAGACCGAGUUCAUCCGUUUCAGUUUCAGCUUCAGUUCUUGUCAGUCUCACCCAUCUGUUUCAGAGUUUGGGACUUUGACGCCUUUAUUCAGAGAAGAAAUGACAGCAGAUCGAACAAAAACCACUUCAGUUUAUUUUGACCGACAGAAAUACUCACUGAAAGUCACUGAGCAUCUACAGAACAAACUUCUAAACUCACAUGUUCGUGUUUCUUUGUGUCAAAUGUUAUUGUGUCAUUAUUCUUAUCAGAAACUAGAGUGAAACUGCCUUUACCUCUUUAUUUGAAGUGACUUUUUUAGAUUAAAAUGUCAAAUAUUUACUGUCAUCUGUACGUUUUACAGCAGUUACUUUUAAAUGUGAUUUAUUUUAGGUCUGUAAAAGAGCUUGUGUGUGCGUACCUGCUAAAAUCAGAACUUUGUCGUUUAUUCGUCUUUAUUUAUUUCUAACAACAUGAUUCAUAAUUAGAGCAACGAUGUAGAGAAGAGAAAAGUGACUCGACGUUUGCAGGUUUUUCUUUCGUUGGUGUUAAAUGUGUUUCUGCAUGAGGUCAAAAAGCAUAAAAAUGUGUAAAAGUGUGUUUUUAUUCUCAGACAAAAUGUUAAAAGAAGAAAAUGUGUGAAAGUAUUUGGAGUCAAGUUCUCCUUCAUGAAAUAAAAAAGAAAAAUCAUUGCAUAAAAACUUGAAUUAAUCAAAUAAUGUAGGAAUUGUGAAGCAGUUGUUACACAUAAUCGUGUGUUUGAGUAAAACUUGAGUUUAAAUCUGAUCCUGAAGAGAUCGUGAAGAAAAUAAACAUGGGAUAAAUAAAACCUUAAAACAUGC